GCAUAAUUAGAAGAGGAAACACUCAUUCUCUAGGAGGAAGUGAGUGAGAAGCUCCAGGGCAGGUCAGCCUGCAGAAGGUGUAAGCCUGGGUGCAGGUCCCGCUCUCAGGGUCAGCUGGGAUCUGUGCUUUCCUCUGCUGGUACGUCAAGGGGCCAGGAGAGAGGAGCAAGGACCAUGCAGCUGCUGCCAGCUCUGCUCCUUUUUGGCCUCCCGGGGUACUGCUUCAUUCGGGGUCCCAGGACGGUGACAGGUGGAAAGCAGGAAUCGACAAUCGUGCGGUGUCACUACAGCCCCGGGUUGGAGACUUACAACAAGUGGUGGUGCCGAGGAAGGAUCUGGACCUUUUGCCGUGUGCUUGUCCAAACCAGUGGGACAGAGCAAGAAGUGACACGUGACCGUGUGUCCAUCAGGGACAACCAAAAAGACCGUGUGUUCACAGUGACCAUGAAGGGACUCAGGCGAGACGACGCGGGCGCUUACUGGUGUGGGAUUGAGAAACUUGGAGUCGACCACGGAGCACAAGUGAAAGUGAACGUUGACCCAGCAGGAAGCAGCAACACAGCGACAUCCAGCAACUCCCCUGCCAGGCCCAGCAACACGGGAAUGUCCUUAGGCUCCCAACGCUGGACCCACUACGUGCUCCUGGUGUUUGUGAAGGUGCCCAUCCUUCUCAUCUUGGUCAGCGUGGUCCUCUGGCUGAGGGGCUCCCGCAGGGUCCCAGAGGAGCAGUGGAUUCUGGUUGCCCCUGGGAAUGCACCCUUUCCACGGUCUGCCAAUGACGUGGGCCCUUAGUGGGAUACACAGCAAGGGCCCACCCAGCUUGGGCCUCCAUCCCAGCGCAGUCACCCCAAAUCCUGGGGGGGGGUGGGAUGACCCAGGCCAGUUGUGGAGACCCAGCCCUGGCCUUUCCCACAGUGCAAGCUCCUGCACUGUGCUCCCCCUAUCACCACCAAGGGUGGCGCUCAGGGCCAGGAGCUGCUGGGUGGAGCCCAAGUGGCAACCAGCAGGGCAAGGGGGCUGUCAGACAUAUGGACAGAAGGAUGUCAGACAGCUGGACGGCCCAACAGCUGUGUUCCCCCUGCUGGACUGAUGCUGCAGAGCCUGGGCCGGAAGCUCUGGGAGGCAGAGAAGGGCACCUGCCCAGUGGGUGCUUCCCGUCACUCCUGAGGCCAGCAGCACCUGCCGGGGCGCCUGCUGUUCAAGUUGGGCUUGAUGUCCAGCCAAGUGUGAAGCUCUCCUGCUAGAACUGAGUCCCUGGUGUGGGGACACGAGCCAGGCCCAGGAGGUGUCUGCUCUCCCCAGGGGAGUCCACUGUGAGCUCACAGACCACCAGCCCGCCCAGGCCACCAACAGGCACCUGGAUAAGUGAUGAAAGAUGCCCUAAGUGCUUGGGCCCCUGCAUCCGUGAAGGAGGUGCAGAAAAGCUCCUGGCUCCCGGCAUUGCACAAGCCCAUCUCAUCAUUGCGGCCAUCUGAAGAGUAAACUAACAGAAAGAAGAUCUGUCUCUCCUCCUGCAACCCUGCCUUUCAAAAAGGCACAAACAAAUAAACAAAUGAAAUAUUUGCAAUGAAUGCUCUGUUCCCUGUGGAGAUUUUGCGGCUGGGCUGUCAUGCUGGCGACUUCCCUGGAAGCAGAGGCACCGUUGACUUACCAGCCCAGCCCCCACCCUUGCUACAUUUCUGGGGAACAGUCAGUCCCAAGGGGCUCUACUGUACACAGAGGAGCACAGCUCACCCGACACACCCCCUCUCUGGGACAGAAAGAUGAAGAAGCCGUAUGUGAACCCCUAGAGCCGGCCAGCUGGGUGCUGGUAAAGGGUGGUAGACCAGAAGGACUUGCUAUGUACUAACCACAGCGUUGAUAUUAGGCAAGCCAAAGUGAGUCAGUGUUGAGAAGUGAAAAGAGUAAAUGUGAUGCUAUUUGAAGAGGAGGGCUAGACUUCCUCCCAGAGCAGGGGGACUCCCCUUAUGAUGGGGAAAUGGCCAGGUUCUUCUGAGAGCAGAUACAGGGCAGAGAGAAGCUGGUUAGGGGCAGGAGUCAGCAGCAGCCCAGGACAGAGAAAGAGGACAGUGAGACGGGGCCCGUCGCCAGGGCCUGGGACAUGAGCUCUUCACAUGAACUUAUAUAUUAUAAUCUAUAA